AUGACUAACUAUUCUACACUGCCUCCAAACCUCAUCCCAGAUGACGGUAGCCCACCAUGGAUGAACAAAGGAGACAAUGCUUGGCAACUCACUGCGGCGACGCUUGUCGGCCUACAAAGUGUCCCGGGACUAGUGGUUUUGUAUGGAAGCAUUGUAAAGAAGAAAUGGGCUGUGAACUCGGCUUUCAUGGCCCUGUAUGCCUUUGCAGCUGUGUUGGUUUGCUGGGUUGGAUGGGGAUACCACCUAUCCUUUGGGGAUCAGAUGAUUCCAUUUUGGGGACGACCGAAUGUGGCUUUGAGCGAGAAAUAUCUUUUGCAAAAAGCCUUUUUGGGCAUGUUUCCUAAUGCAACAAUGGUUUUCUUCCAGUUUGUGUUUGCGGCCAUUACGUUGAUACUGAUAGCUGGGGCGUUGCUUGGGAGGAUGAAUUUCCAUGCUUGGAUGUUGUUUGUUCCUCUGUGGUUGACAUUUUCAUAUACCAUUGGAGCAUAUAGCAUAUGGUGUCCAACUGGAUUUUUGUCCCUGCUGGGUGUUAUUGAUUACUCCGGCGGUUAUGUCAUCCAUCUCUCAUCAGGCAUUGCAGGAUUUACUGCAGCAUAUUGGGUUGGGCCUAGGAUCACCGCAGAUAGGGAGAGGUUCCCACCCAACAACAUCCUUCUUAUGCUUGCAGGGGCUGGGUUGUUGUGGAUGGGUUGGACUGGAUUCAAUGGUGGAGAUCCUUAUGUUGCAAGUAUAGAUGCAUCGUUGGCUGUGCUUAACACCCAUGUGUGUGCAGCCACAAGCUUGCUCACAUGGCUCUUCCUUGAUAUUAUCUUCUUCGGAAAACCCUCAGUAAUCGGAGCUGUCCAGGGUAUGAUCACCGGUCUGGUGUGCAUUACCCCCGCAGCAGGUGUUGUGCAAGGGUGGGCAGCGAUCCUCAUGGGACUACUCUCAGGGAGCAUCCCUUGGUACACCAUGAUGGUGCUCCACAAAAAGAUCAAGUUCCUUAAGAUGGUAGACGACACCAUGGCCGUAUUCCAUACACAUGCAAUCGCGGGCUCUCUCGGUGGAAUCCUCACAGGAUUCUUCGCUGUUCCCAAGCUCAACCGCAUCUUCUAUGGAGGCGAAGGAGACGAGAACGGAAUCCAUCUUAACUACAUAGGCCUGGCUUACGGUAUACAAAUGGGGCAAUUUCAAAGAGGGCUUAGGCAAAUGUGGGUGCAACUUGUAGGGAUAUUGUUUGUGAUAGUGGUAAAUAUCACAACCACUAGUAUAAUAUGUUUCAUAAUCAGUAAGAUUGUGCCAUUGAGGAUGAGUGAGGAAGAUUUGGUAACUGGUGAUGACGCGGCUCAUGGAGAGGAGGCCUAUGCUUUGUGGGGUGAUGGGGAAAAAUUCGAUAGCUCAAGGCAUGGAAACUCGGUGUUUGAAAUGGAGGAGUCUCGAAAGCCUAGAGGGGCCCAUGCUGAGGCUUAAAACUGAUGGUGGAUCAAGGGGUUCAAUGGUGGAGAUGAUGUGAACUUAGGGCUAGGGUGUAGCUCUUAUUUGGUUUUUUUUGUUUUGUUUUCUUUUUG